GUUAUUGGUAUCUUUUAUUCGCAGAAAAAGUGAGUGUUCCCCCGGAUUUUCCUGGGGGUUGAAGUGUGAUGCAAAGAAUGCUGAGAGUGAUUUCUUUUGGCCUCUUGGCAUCCGUUUGCUUGGGAUCAAGUGUACAAGAGAGACCGCGUCGGCAAACCGCAGCAGAAGGUGAAGGCAACAAUGACUUGAGGUCGUUGACGAUCGAAGAGUUGUGUAAAAACCGACAGCCUGAUGAGUUCUUCAGACUGACGACAGAGGGCGACUGCAGAGAUGUCGUAAGAUGUGACAGAGCUGGAUUGACUGGAAAGAUCCGUCUGGCUGGUGUCAGAUGUCCAAAUGGUCUGGCUUUUGAUGUGCUGAGACAGACUUGUGACUGGAAAGCCAAGGUGUCUACCUGUGAUCAACUGGAAACUGUCGAUCAGGACCCCAACGCAGCACCCAAGUGCGACACCUCUCAGUGCAUACUUCCCGACUGUUUCUGCUCUGCGGACGGAACCCAGAUCCCGGGUGGCCUGGAACCCUCUCAGGUGCCACAAAUGGUGACCAUCACCUUCUCCGGCGCCAUCAACGUGGACAACAUCGACCUCUUCGACGAAGUCUUCAAUGGGAACCGCCAGAACCCGAAUGGAUGCCAGAUCAAGGGCACUUUCUUCGUGUCUCACAAGUACACCAACUACUCUGCCGUGCAAGAGCUGCAUCGCAAGGGUCACGAAAUGGCCGUGUUUUCCGUGACGAAUGACGGGGAUGAGAAUUACUGGACUGGCGGGUCGUACGAGGACUGGCUCGCUGAGAUGGCUGGUGCCCGACUCAUCAUAGAGCGCUUUGCCAACAUCACAGAUAACUCCAUCAUUGGUGUACGAGCACCAUACCUGAGGAUCGGAGGAAACACGCAAUUCGAGAUGAUGGCUGACCAGUUGUUUGUCUACGAUGCCACCAUCACGGCGCCUUUGAGCCGUGUCCCGAUCUGGCCCUACACUUUGUACUUCCGCAUGCCGCAUAAAUGUGCCGGCAAUGCCAACAAUUGUCCUUCCAGAAGCCACCCCGUGUGGGAAAUGGUCAUGAAUGAGUUGGACAGGAGAGAUGACCCAACUUUUGAUGAGAAACUGCCUGGCUGUCACUUUGUGGACUCUUGCACAAACAUUCAGAGUGCUGAUCAGUUUGGUCGCCUCCUGCGCCACAACCUCAACAGACAUCUCAACACAAACCGCGCACCCUUGGGACUGCAUUUCCAUGCAUCUUGGCUGAAGCAGAGCAAGGAGUUCAAGAGAGAACUUGGAAAGUUCAUUGAUGAGAUGCUGGACAGGAAUGAUGUUUACUUUGUCACCAUGCUUCAA